GCCUUCAAGAGAGAAUAUCCCGGCUCGAAAUGAAGAGAUUCAGGGCGGCUCGAGCGUGUGACUCAUGCCGCCAACGCAAGACAAGAUGUGACGCUCGAAAUCCCUGCGGGCCCUGUACAAGUUUGAACCAAACAUGUCUAUACGGAACGGAAGCUAUAUCAAGAGGGAAAAGCGAAAUGAUCUUGGAUACGGUUUUGCGAAUGGAAGCUUCCAUCGAAGAACUUAGGAGUAUGGUCGUACGUAAGAGCCAACAAGGGCCAAUUUUUGUGAGCUAAUGAUAUAUACCAGGCUAUGGGCUCCAGUUCAAAUGUUAGAGAUGGCAUCCAGGCCCAUACAACGUCUCCAGUUUCAACAAUUACCCCGAGGUCUCAGGAUGCACGCCAUCAUCCAGGCGGGUGCACGAUUAGGGACCCAACUGAAAGUGCUGUGCUCUCGUCUGGACAUCUUUCCUCAGCGGAGUCUCUUCUAAAGUGGUCAGUUUUUCUUGAUCAUCCUUCCAUAUUGAAGGAGACAGAGACUCCAUUUUUGUCCCUUGAAUACGGACGACCAUCCUUUCAAAGCAAAGUCUAUGCAAUAUUCCCCAGCUUGGGUUUGUCAGAAAUCAAGAGGAUGGUGGGUAUCUUCCAACAGACAUAUAAUUUCUGGUUCCCUACAAUGAGCUUCAACGAUUUGAAGUCCCUGGAAAUGAGGAUAUACCAAGAGAACCUGGAGCCUAAUUGCCAAUCAUGUCUAGCUUUGUUGAUCAUGGCUUUAGGUUGCGUUGGGGCUUCCGUUAUAGAUGAAGGAGACUGCUCUGAACACGAGUCUCAGCAAUUAAAGCUGCAAGGUGCAUCAUGGUUUACUGCUGCAAUGAAGAUGCUACAUUUGGCCCACAUUGAAAUGAGUGUGGAAGCUUGCCAAUGUCUCUUACUGACUGGCCUGUACUUCUCCUUUUUACAAAGACCACUGCAAACAUGGUCUUAUGUGAACAGCGCAGCAACUCGUUGUCGGUUCCUGCUCUCUUGCCCUUUUGACAACCCAGAGCGUGAUGACCGAGAGCACAUCACCCGAAUAUUCUGGUCCUGCUUUGUACUAGAAAGCAACUAUAUUUCCGAGCUACCAACUCUUCCGCAAAACUGCAACGCCGAAAUCGAAUCAAUAAUAUCUCUUCCAGGCAAAUUCCACUCACACGAAACAAUCGAAGAGGAAGAAAAAUCGACAUUCUACUUCCUCGCAUCAAUAGCACUACGCCGCCUCCUCAACCGAGCACAUUACAUGCUGUAUGACCGCGACAUCGGCCUCCAGAUCGACUCCAAUAGUUUCUCUUCGGUAAACCAAGAACUGGCACGCCAACUACAAGACUGGUAUCAAACCCUGCCAUCAACUCUGCAGUUUCCCGAAGACGGAAAGCCUGCGGAUGACCCGCACAGCGAGUACCUACGGCAGUGGUAUCUCAGUUGUCGAAGUGUCAUCUACCGACCAUUUCUAGAAUGGGCGCUGGCUAAUCCAUUAUGGAAUCUCAACAACAAUCCACGUGUGCUCGAUGGGUGUCGAGUUGCGCUCGAUACUUGUCUAUUUAAAUUGAGGGAUUUGAAGCAAGUGCCAUAUACUGUCAUGGUCGAUACAUGGCCGUGUUCCCUUUCGCUUGCGACGGCGAUGUUGACUCUCAUGGGUGGCUUCUGUCAUCCACAGUUGACAAUUCAGCUUCGUCAUAUUGCCUUGUUGGAGCUAGGGCCUCGCCUAGAGCAACUUCUACAACGAUGGAUGGCUAUCCACGGUUCCAGUGUUUCCCCUGGUGUUGAGAAGGCAUUGCGAUUAAUCACGAAAGCUCACGAGUUCUUGCAAAGCAAAAGCGCCGACUUUAGCCCUUCCCGGGAAGAAGAACAACAUCUCUCUCCUUAUGCGUUGCGGAUGUCUCACGGGUAAUGGUUUAGCAGCGAGCUUUUGCC